AUGAGUCUCACUAUGAGGCUAGCGCGCCUGUCCCGCGAUCCUCCACACCUGUUAGUCCAACUGACGGCCGACACGUUGUCUCCACGCAUCAACACCGACUGUCCUUCUUCUAUAGGUCUGUCUUUCAAGAUCAUUUGUACUACCCACGCCGUCAUGAACAUGCCCGCGAGUUCUAACAGAUUGAUCGUAAGGUCUGCCGUCUCCUUCUCUUGCGCCUUGCACUUGAGCUCCGCAGACAACGAUGAUUCAAUCGUAUAUCUCCAGAAAGUCUUUAGUUCGGGACAGUAGCCGCCAAUCGCUGUGAAGCUAGCGUCUGAGAGGUAAAGGCGUGAAGGUGCUCGUUUUUCGUGGAGUUGGAACGAUGCACUGAGGGACCCCCCUCGAAGUGCCAGUGGCUGAUUGAGGGCCCACUUCCAGAAGGCGAUAUCGCCGUGGAACUCUCUACCCAAGUCCACUAGUCGUCGUGACCGUGUGUGUCGACUGGCUUGCGUAUGCAGACCCGAUAGGCGGAGCAGU